AUGGCUGCCAACUGCAGCUGCGAAAAUGCACCAUUCGCCAAUGAUGACGUGGGCCCCGAUGGUAUGGGCCCGCGCACUGUGCUGACGAUGCUCGCAUUCGCGUCCCCUGUCACAUACAUUCUCGCCUGGUUCCUGUUUCAGGCGUCCCGCCAGAAGGCGGACCAAGCCACGAUCCUGGACCAUGACGACGUGUACAGCAACCUGUGCUGGUACUUCUUUGAGCAGCGCCUUGGCGACGGUCCCCCAGGCUCAUUUCUGCAGUGGGAUAAUGACCGCCCGAAGCCCUGGGGGAGCAAAGCGGCCUUCAAGGACAAGCCCAGAAGCCUGGACGAAAAACCCAUAUUGUAUGAGGAGCCCUGGAGCUCCUCGCAGAUAGAAGAAGUGAGAGAAGCUGCAAAGAACAGCGUCGUAACCGCCGUUGAGAAGAUUGCCAGCGCAGCAGAUUAUAAUGCCCAGUACGGGGGGAUCCUAGUGGUCGCUAACAUAGUGACGUGGUUGGGCAUGGGGAUAGGCUAUGCAUCUGACUCCGCGCGAGACUCAAUGAUUGGGCUCGCGGUCAGCAUUUAUGUGGCGGCCCUUGCGGCAGGCUGGCUGGGCCUGCUUGAGUUCGUGAACGGUGUCAACCUUGCAUCGCAAGCGACGAACACCCUUACGGCCCUUAAGCUAGGGGCGACGUCCUGGGAGGAGUGCACGCGGAUCGAUGAGCGGGCAGGCAACGGUUCGGAGGCAAGCGGGGAGGUUUAUUUGGUUCCAUGA